UUCAUUUUUCUUCCUUUCAGUUUGCUGCUUGUGUGCUGGUGGUGGUGGUGGUGGUGGUGGUGGUGCUGCCUGCUGCACAUUUCGCUUUCUCACUUCACAAUCCACCUCUCACGUGAAACAUAAUUACACUCUUUUUCUUCAUCUUUUUUCUUUUCUUUUUAAUCCUUUUUUUUUUUUUUUACGGUUUUCACUUCCGUUUUUCUCGCACCUGAUCUCGAAUUUCUCUUGAUCUACUCAACCCCCCUCCCGCAGAUCCGCACUACUUCGGUGUUCAUAACUCCGCCGCAUUUUUAGGGUUUUUUUUUUAAUUUCAAGGGUAAGUGUGAAACGAAUAUUCCGUAUGUGUAAUUGAGCUUGUUUUUGCACUUCGGAGCUGCUGAAUUUCCAACUGCUGUUAGAGAAUUGGUUUAAUUUUAGGUCACAGCGCGUGAAUUGCAGCUGCUUCAGCUUUCGCAAUUCGUAAACAAGAGUGUUUUCUGAAUUGGGUUUCUCGAGUGGAUUUUUUUGUCGGUUACCGUCUGAUUUUGAGGUGGGGUUCUUCAGAAGUGGAAGAGGGAUUUUUUUUUGCUAAUUUUUUUGCAGUUUUCUUGUUAUUAGUGGAAAUGUGAAGUGGGUUUUUGAUUCUUUAUUGCAGUGGAGGAAGAGGGUUGAUUUAACUCUUUAGCAAAAAAAAAAAAAAAAAAUCAGCUGGAGCAAUUUAGUGUUCAAGAUUGGGGAUUUGUUGAAGAAUUUAUCGGGUGAUAAUCAGUUUUUUCGGGAGUUUCGAAUAUGCCUCCAUCGCCUGCAAUGAGAAUUUCUCCGGGAAGGGAGAUGAAGGCAGAUAAUCACAAGAGAGGCCGUAGCCUCGAAAGCGGGACCCGCUUUCGAGAGAAUGAAGACGAUCUUGCUCUGUUCAACGAGGUGCAGAACAAAGAAAGGGAAAGUUUCUUGCUUCAGUCGAACGAUGACUUUGACGACAUGUUCUCGACAAAAUUAAGAUACUUUUCCGAUCAUAAGCUUGGAAUCUCCGUUCCUGCUCGGGGAGAAACUAGUGACCUGCUCAAUGCAGAAGGGGAUAAAAAUGAUUAUGACUGGUUGAUAACGCCGCCCGAAACCCCUCUAUUUUCUUCGUUGGACGACGAAGCAGCGCCAGCUAAUCUCGCACCUAGAGGCAGGCCUAGAAGUCAACCUAUUACCAUCUCGCGCUCAUCCACAAUGGAGAAGAAUCAAAGGAGUGCUAAGGGUAGUCCUAGUCCUCAUCGCCUCAGCCCAUCUCCCAGAUCGGGUACCAGUCCAUUACAGUCAAGAAGCCGCCCUUUCUCCGCCACUCAUUCAAGCCCACCUCCUUCUUUACGCCACUCUUCUCCGUCGAGGGGGCUUUCACCCCCACCGAGCAAACCGACACCCCCUCCAAAGUCUAGCUCACCGACACCUCGAAGGAUGAGCACUGGCUCGUUGGGCCCCACCAAGCCAAGUAGGGGAAACUCUUCUUCGCCAAAAAUCAGAGCAUGGCAAUCUAACAUUCCUGGAUUUUCGUCCGAGGCGCCGCCUAAUCUUCGAACCUCAUUGGCCGAUAGGCCGGCUUCGUAUGUGAGAGGCUCCUCGCCAGCUUCCGGAAGGUCCGGCAGACAAUCUAUGUCUCCAACUGCUUCUAGAAGUGUCAGUUCGUCUCAUAGUCACGAGAGGGACCAGUUUAGUUCUUACAGCAAAGGCUCGGUUGCAUCGUCUGGCGAUGAUGACGUGGACUCGAUACAAUCCAAUGUUGUUAGCAGUUCGGAUCGAUCGAUACCGAGAAGAUUGGAUGCUUCGCCGAAUAAUAGAGCAAUGGGGUUUUCGAAAAAGCCGAGUAAAGUUUUGUCAAGUUCUGCACCGAAAAGAUCCUUUGACUUGGCACUCCGACAAAUGGAGCGAAAGUGUCCUCAGAAUAUGUUCAGACCCCUCUUGUCAAGUGUACCAAGCUCGACAUUCUACGCAGGAAAAGUAAACACAAAUAACCGUUCUCUCGUAUCCAGAAACUCUUCGAUCACAACUAGCAGUAACGCAAGUUCCGAUCAAGGAACAAGCGGACCACUCGAUACCGAAGAAAGUAGCGAGCAAAACCAGGAGGAUGUAACCAGUGAUUUUACAAAGGGACAACAGCAAUAUCCAACCGCGCACGACGAAGUAUUUGUCAUGGACCAAGAUAAUGCUCCGAACGAAGCUGUUGUGAACAGAAUGCUCGACGAACCACCUGAUUUGGAAAAUGAAAACGACGAGAGUAGCCGCCAAAUUCACACUACUACAGCUGUGGAUCCUGUUGAUGUAGUGUCGGAUAGAAUACAUGAUUAUUCAGAUAACGAUAGUGAUGGCGAUCCAGAUACGGAGAUAUGCUCGAAAUGCAAUUCCAAGUUUCGUUCGAGUGAGUUACUAAGGGAAGGUGACGCAUGGCUUUGUUCCGGGUGCAAAAGUUUGGAAGAAACCUUGAUGGCAGAUAUGAAUACUACACGAGACUUUGUUCCGAUUCUAGAGUGUGGACCGAUCGAGGUAUUGGACCUAUCUGCCUCAAUUCCAGAUUCAUGGCAAGAUACUAAUCUUGACAGCAUCACAAACGAGGGUCAACAUUCAAACAUUGACCCAAUCAAGAACCUUGAAGGGGAGCUAACUUUUGCCGCCGACGAAGAGAUUGAUCAAUCUGUGACAAAUGGUGAGACGGGCCAUCAAGAAAUCGGUUCGAAUUUGAAGGGUGACGAUUGUGAAGGCACGGGUAUAUCGGUACUAUUGAAGCAAUCGAGCAGCAGAAAAGAAAACAUUGUCCAGAGCAGAAGUUUUACGGCGAGUAACGUUUGUUACGACGAUGAUUUAUCCUACGUGAGAGACAGUGUAAAUAGCAUGAGAAGCUCAUCUGUGUCGUCUUCUAUGGAUCUCGGAUCUUCUAGACAAACAGAGACACGUAUUCACCGGCAAUCGAGUGGCAAAAAGUCCGAAGCAGAAAAUUACAGAUUCGACACUCCGACGAAGCAUAAGCGCUCCGUUUCGUCUUUAUCUGGAGCUGGCAACAAGGAUAAGGAAGUUUGUGGGGUAACAUGUGAGCAAUCGUUGGCUUCUGAAUGUACGGAAGCUGAAAGUACGUGCACCGAUGUGGAGAGCAAUAUUAUCGACAAAACCGACGCGGAACUGUCGAAUCACUUGACAGGUGUCGUCCAUUCGGGAGGUACUUCGGUGGUGUCGAAUUUGACUUGUGAGGAUCCUGCUUCGCUCGAGAAUGGAGACGAGCUGAGAAAUAUUUCGAGUAAUUCGAUAAAUGAAGAAACUUCGGCUGCGGAUAUGCAGGAUUCUACUCAAACGGAAGAUGCCGUUGAAAGCUCUUUGGGUGACUUAUCGGAGAUGGAAAUUGGAAAUGCCGAUGUUGAUUCGACAAACUCAAAGAUCUGUACGGAUAACGAAUUACUACUCGAUCCUUCUGUUUCAUCUGCAUGCAAUGAUAUUAUUACGGCAACGACUGUGGAAGAAUUUGACGUAUCAGUUCCUGUACACGAUGUUCUUGAAGAAUCGACGGUUGUGUUGGAAAACCUCGAUGGAACAAAGCAUAGAAGCCUCACACUAGAAGAAGCAACGAAUGCGAUCCUCUUUUGCAGCUCCAUUGUGCACAAUCUGGCAUACGAAGCUGCAAAUAUAGCAAUAAAUAAAGAACACACACCACCACCACCACCGGUGGAAUCUCUCCGGCCGACGGUAACUUUUGUCGGUAAAUCAAAUUCCGACAGAAGGGAUAAUAAUGCUCGUUCGAGAACCCUCGGAAAACGCAGUUCCAAGUCACAGAAAGCUCGACAAAAAAGAUUAGAAACAGAUGUAAAAACUCCCCUGGUUGUCGCCGAAAGUGACGAGAAAUCGACUCCACGCAUUGUUAUGUCUCCGAGCAAGAAAUGGGAUAGCAUAAAUCCUCCGAAGCUGGAGUCAAAGUGUAAUUGCACGAUUAUGUAGGCUUUUCGAGCAGUUUGGAUGAGUAAGAUUUAUUUUAAUUUAUUUUCUCUUUUUUUUUUUUUUCCGGUUUUGGGUUGUUUUAAUUGUUUUUUUUUUUGUAAGAAAUAUAUGUAACUAUAGUGACAAAUAAUCACUUUUGUAUAGUUCUAAUUCUUGUUAGGCUGUGAUGAUAGUGGAAAAGGCAAUUUGAGGUUUGUAGCUAUUAACUCCAAUUUGCCAGAUUCUUUUUAGUGUUUGGUUUUGUUGCUAUUCGUUGAUAUGAGGGCAAAUUGGUAAUUAUUUUUAUCUUUUUGUCUACAGAAAAGAAAAAAAAAAUGCAUUCAGA